UCAAAUAUUUAGUGAUGUGUCAUUUACAUGGACAGGUACAUAUUAGAUGCUAGGGAGCUACCAAUAUUAUCAAUGCUUGAAAGAAUUAAACAACAAUUGAUGCAGAGGCACUACAACAAGCAGAUAGAAGGAGAUAAGAUGAAAGGAGACAUAUGCCCUAAGAUCAAGAAAAAGGUUGAUAAGCUAACUGAAUGGGCAAACACCUGCUAUGUUGAUGGGGCUGGUGAUGGAGUCUUUCAGGUUGGUGAUAGAGGGACUGACUACAUUGUUGACUAGCACAGUAGUGAGUGUAGUUGCAAGAGGUGGCAGAAGGGUGGCACACCAUGUGUACAUGCUAUAGCAUGUGCUAGACAUGAGAGAGUUGAUCCCCUCCUACUGGUGAACCAAUGCUAUUCUGUUGGGAUGUUCAAGAAAGCAUACAAGAACAUCAUCUAUCCCAGCAGAGAUAAGACAGAAUGGGAGAGGAUGAAUGGACCCCCAAUCAAGCCACCAUUGUACACCAAGCAGGUAGGCAGGCCAUGCAAGAGCAGAAGAAAGGCCCCACAUGAAGUUUCUUGCAGCAAUGGUGGCAAAAAAAAGUCAAGGCAUGGUGUGAUCAUGCAUUGCAACUAUUGUGGAGAGCCAGACCACAACAUCAAAGGCUGUAAGUACCUCAAGGAUGGUCUGCCCCCUCCAAAUGUGCAAGCUCCACCACAACCACAUGCAGAAGGUGCUCCAAGUGUGGAAGUUGAUCCAAAUGUGGAAGCUAGUAAUGUGGAAGGUGCUCCAAAUGUGGAAGUUGAUCCAAAUGUGGAAGCUAGUAAUGCAGAAGGUGCUCCAAAUGUAGGAGAUGAUGAGCAAGUCAUUACUCAGGAGCACAACUGUCCAGAAAAUCAUAUCACAGAAGAUCUUAUGAUUGAUCAUAUGGUUCAAAAUAGGCCUCUGCCAAGAGUGGUUGCAUCAGGGCCUAUACCAGAAUCAACUUUCAUAUGUGCUGCAAGGGCCAUGCUCAAUCAAACCAUGGGAGCUACAACACAAUCCAGCAACAAUGGGAGCUCAAGCACAAUCCAGCAAGGUGACUUGGCCAAAAAAUUGCUUCUCCUCAAGAGGCAGAGAGACAAAGAACUGGAAAAUAAGAAGGAAGCACUUCUUGCAGCAAGAAGGGAGGAACAACAAAAGAAAGCAGAGGAAGCUGCCAGGAAGAGACAUCAGCAAGAGGAGAAGAAAGCAUUGGAAGCAGAGAGGAAGAGGAAGUCACAAGCUGAGAAGAGAGAGAAGAGAAAAGAAGAAGCUGCAAUAGCAAAGAAGGCUAAGGAAGAAACAAGGCAGAUCAUUAUGGAGAUCAAGAAAGCUGUGGCUGCUGAGAAUAAAGCAAGGCAGCAAGCUCAGAAGAAGGCUGAAAAGGAGGAAGCUGCAGCCAAGAAGAGAGCAGAGAAAGAAGCUGCAACAGCAAGAAAAAGAGCAGACAGGGUAGCUGCUGCUGAGGCUAGGAAGGAGGAAAUGAGGCUAAUAGGUAUUGCUCUUGGCAAGAGGCCUGCAGGUCCAGAGCCUGAUUCAGAUGAUGAUCUUGUGCUUCCGAGUAAUACCAGAGGCACUUCAAUGUUUGACAUCUUCAGAUGAUGUACUUUUUAAACUCCAAGGCAUGAGAAAUGUUAUAAUUGAUCCAUACCGAUGUGUACACAUGAGUAUGGAUCAAUUGUUGAUCAUUUUGUAACUGAAUGCUGGAUAUGUUCUGAAUUUUGGUACUUCCCAAAUCAUUUUGUAAGUGAAUGCUGGUUAUGUUCUGAAUUGUUGGUACUUCCCAGAUAUGUUAUGUUCUGAAUUGUUGGCAAACCA